AUGAAGUACCUCUUUGCGGCUAUUGAUGCACGCAAGGCGCGCGCACGGGAGCAGAGCGGCGGAGUUGCCAACGGCAGGGUGGGGCGGACGCGGUACAGCGCAGAUGAGCUCAAGCGCUUGGUCGUGGAGGCCAGCGAGGCCGUGGACGACAAGUCGGCCGCGAACGAGUUCCAGGAGACGCUCGAGCGCAUAGUGAACGAGAUCAAGAAUACGACCGAACACUCUGGUCCGUUCCUCCAAAAGGUUCGCAAGGCAGACGUGCCCGACUACUACGAUGUCAUCAAACGCCCGAUGGACCUCGCAACCUUGCUCAAGAAGGUCAAGCAGCAGUCGUACCGGACGAAGAAGGCGUUCGCAGAGGACCUCGACCUCAUUUGGUCCAACUGCUUGCUCUACAACAGUCAUCCGAGCCACCCGCUCCGACACUCGGCUGAAGUCCUUCGAGCCAAGUCGAACCAGCUUCUCGAGUUCAUUACCGACCCGACCCUCUCGCAACGAUCCCUCCUCGCCGCUCACAUGUCCUCAGCUGCACUCGACGCACGACGGGCGGGCAGCACUCGGGUCGGAACGCCGGACGAGGAUGCGGAUGCGGACGCGGAGAGCGAUGACGAGCCGGCGCGGCACAAGCGGGCGCUGAGCGAGAGGUUUCUGAACGGGAUCAACGGCGACACUCCUCACGACUCGUCUGCCUCGCCUGCACCAUCGCGCUCUGCCACACCUGGCAUCACUCGACGUUUGAGCCGCAAGUUCAGCGCAGGACCCCUCGGCCGCGUCUCUCCCUCACCUGAACCGACUCCCCCUCCUCCUGCCGGCCUCCCCUUCGAAGAGCAGCCCGCCUUCGUCCGAACACCUCAGUCGAUGCACGAGUUUCUCCUCCUCGACCGCGAGCUCUCCAAGCUCGAAGGUUCCGGCUUCAAGCCGACCAAAUCGAGUGCCUCCGCCCUCCUCCCUCCUUCCGCCUUCGAACCAGCCUCUUCUACCGUCAUCGCAACCAGGUCGAAGCGCAAGACGCACAAGGAGCACAUUGCCGACCUCGUCCACCGCCUCAACCCCGACUUGCUGCCGAAACCUCCCGCCGAACCCGCUUCGUCGACCGAGAACUCGCCCGCUGCCUCGACUCCCACUGCACAAUCCGAGCCUCGAUGUCAGCCUACGCAGCCUCUCGAGGCAGUUUGGUGGGACAUUGUCGGUCCUGCACCCUCCUCUUCCGCCCUCAUCCCCGCUCCUUCCGCCUCAACCACCGUCAACGGCAUCAACGGCCACGUCGCCGAGUCAUCUGCGCCGCCUGCACCUUCGGCCGUACCAGCCCUCGCAGCGGGCAUGCCGCACGUUCCUUGGGUUGGCUACUCGGCCACACCCUUCGCUACCUCGACCGGCUCGCGUGCGGGUCCAGGAUUGGACGCGAAGGGCAAGGGCAAGCAGAAGGCGGGAGAAGUCGCCAUUCGUGCGAAUGGAGUGUCGAAGCAGGUUGCGAGGCGGAAAGAGGCGGAUGUUGGGCUGGCGCCAAAGAUGCGGCGAAACUGUGAGACGUGGAGGCGGAUCAGGAGGGUCGGUGCGGUUUUGGCGAGGGAGAGUACAACGGCAGAUCUUGAAUCGCCGGUUGUCUCGUCCGACGAAUCCGAUACCGAUCUUCCGGCUAUGAACGGCAUGGACGUCGACGGUGCGCGACCUGCGAAGCGACGACGGCGAAGCCGUCCGAUGUUGUCGGCCAUCAGCGUCCCUCAGCGAGCCCUUGCUUGCCCAGCAACAGCGCCAGUCGCCGCGCGAGAAGCGAUGCGCAGCUUUGCAGGAGGUAUGCUUGCGCAUUCGGGCUUCGAAGGUGCGAACGCCGGCGCUCUCGACGUACUGGGCCAUGUUGCGGGCGAGUAUCUCGCAAACAUGGCGCGGACACUGCGGUUCUACUCUGAUCGCUAUGGCGCCGAUAUGUCUGACAAGCGCAUCCUCGUACACGCGCUCGGCGAGAACGGCGUGCCAUCGCCAGCGCAUCUGCAGGCAUACGUCUCUGAAGACGUCGACCGCUACGGCUCGCGGCUUUCCGACUUGCUCGCCAAGCUUGAGCGUGCACGGCGAGAACAGCUCGAUUCGCUGACCGAGGAGGACGUCGCUCGAGCCGACGGUGCCGAUGAGGCGCUCUUCGCCGACGAUGGCGAGGCGUUCGUCGCGGGUGACUUUGCGACGAGGAUCGGCGAGGACUUCUUCGGUGUCGCGGAGCAGGGGUUGGAUCAGGAGCUGAGCGUGUCGACUCUGGUGCUGCCGAAGUGGAUCUUGCGGGGCGAGCCAAGACCGCUCGAUAGCGCAUCAACAAGCUCUCUCGCCUACUCGCCUCCUCCCGCCUUCGUCCCCCUCACGCCAGACGCCGUCUCGUUCCAGAUCGGCCUCCUUCGACCGUACCUCUCCCACCGCGCAGCCCGCCCCGACCUCGGUCUCGCCGACGAGGCAGGCCAUCUCUCCGGCACGUCGUCGCGCUCGAAGACCGGCGUGCGGCACAAGGUCCCGCCUCACGGCCGCAUCCCGUUCAAGGGCAAGAGGCGGCCCGACGACCCGACUAUGCCCGCAGCGAUUGCGGCGCAGCUUGCGGGCGCGAACGAGCCGAAGAAGAAGAAGAGAAAGGUCGCGCAGGUGGAAGAAGCGGUCGUCGAGAGCGGCGGCGAGUGA